UGAAUGUUUGGAAUGAAAUUAGAUAAAGACUUCCUCCAAGGGUUUAUUCGCUGAUGGGUGGAGCCUUUUGAGUGCAUCCAAUUAAAGAAGUUCCUAUAAAUACAAGGUUUUUCUCGUUCAGUAUUCUAUACAGCCCCAAAAGAAGGGAAGUUGGUGGAGGAAUUCGUAUCACAUCUUCUUGAAUUCGUCCCUGGAAUUUUAAGCUUAUUUCUGAUCAUGCCUCUAGAUAAAGCGGAAUCAUCACCACAUUUCUCAGAAACACUUCCUACAUCAUUCCCUGGGACUAUCCCCGGAUCAUCUAUCUUUAGCGAGUCCAGGACUGAGUUUGAAACACAGAAUUAUUUAAUUGAGAUCCUGGAUGAGAAUCCAGGUUCUCAGGUAGGUUUAUUGUUGGCCGAAGCCACGGGUUCCAGUCUGAGAAGCACCCGAGUGGAGGAUUCCCAAGCCAAUGUUUCUUGGGAGUGGUACCCGCUUGAAUGGAAAUGGUGGACGAUCAUCCAACUCCUUGCUGCGAUUGUAGGAAUCAUCGGAAACUUCCUGGUGAUCCUGGUUGUUUUCAGGAGAGGGAUCAAACGGAAGUCCACCGAUAUCCUCAUAGGAACUUUGGCCAUUGCUGAUUUCCUGACCUCCAUAUUCCUGAUACCCCUGCCACCAAUCAGGCAACUCCCAUCGACCUGGGUCGGCCAGAUCUACUGCAAGAUAGUCUAUGUCAACACCGUCAUGUGGACCUCUGUGACUAUUUCUGUUUUCAUCCUGUCCGCUGUGUCCAUUGAACGCCUUGUUGCCAUAGCCUAUCCUCUACACUUCAAGACUUUCUUUUCAAAUCGCUUGACAGUGAUCUACAUCUUCGUCAUCACUACAGUAGUGAUCAUCGUCCAGGUCGUGUGGUCUUUCACGGCCUUCGUCGAUGAGGACAUGAAUACAUGCGUAGUGCGAUAUUCUUCAAAGCAACUACAGGCGGACGUCGGGAUCGCCUUGUUCUUCUACAAGAUUGUCAUACCGGGUUUGGUCAUGUUUGUGUCGCAAGCUCUGACGGUCAUGGUUCUGCGAGCAGAGUACAAACGGUUCGGCGACACGGGCAAAGACAUCAACGUUUGUAGUCCUCAGUUCAAGCUCUUGAUAGCGAAGAAAAGGGUUGUGAACAUGCUCCUGAUCGUCCUACUAACCUUCGUCAUCUGCUGGGGUCCAAAUCAGAUCUUCUAUCUGUUGCUCAACCUUGGUCUCGUACCCAUAUCUUAUCUGUAUGGUCCGUUGCAUCGAUUUCUUGUUGUUUUGGCUUUCUUUAACUCGUGUCUCAAUCCGGUUAUCUACACGGCCCGUUAUCCACGGUUCCGCGACGCUCUUAAACAUUUGUUCUCAAGCUCUUCUUCUCCCAAGUCGCACGUCCCAAUCUUUGGGCAGAAAAUGGAAACUUCUACCGUGCCUACCGUCACCAGUAAUGUUGCUUGACUCCAUAAAGGGGAUAUGCGGGAGCGCUAUCGGGACUUCCAUCUCCUAUAAAGACUAAAACUAAAAACUACAAAUUGCAUGCACUAAAAGAACGUUCAGAUUCCCUACAAGUGUUGAUUGAUAGAGUGAUAAU